UAUCUCCCUUCACUUCUCACUAUAUAAACUCAGCAUCUCACUUUAAAAUUUCCUCAUUCUCAUAUUCCAACAAACAGGCCUAUCUACGACGGAUAACUUACAACGGACCAGUAUCUGCCUGUUGUGACGGAAUUUUAAUUUGGUAUAUAUGGAGGGAUUUUGUGGCAUGGAAGAAGAUUGGGGACUGGAAGCGAUUGUUAGAGGGUGCAGCCAUGAUCAGUACACAGCUAUAAAUGGCUUGCUGGAUUUUAAUUUUCAAGAUGAUCUUUUUUACGAUUUUCCGGAUUUUCAAGGAGAUGAGAUUAGCACUGAUAAUUCAGGCUUUGUCAAUGAAUUAGAUGAUUUUUGCAAGCCCUUUUAUGAUCCAGCAAGUCAGAUUUUUGUUCCAGAACAGACGGAUUCUCCGGUGAACGAAGUGAAAUUCGAGCAAGAGGAAAUCAAGGUUGUUGAUCAGAAGGAAGCUAGUGCAGUUGCUGCAGCUAGCCCUAAAGUUGCUACUCAUGCAACUAAAUACAAAAGGAAAAACCAGCAGAAGAGGGUUGUGGUUCAAGUAACAGCAGAAGGUCUUUCUUCUGAUUUAUGGGCUUGGCGUAAAUAUGGUCAGAAACCUAUCAAAGGAUCGCCUUAUCCAAGAAGCUACUACAGGUGCAGUAGCUCGAAAGGCUGUUUAGCACGAAAGCAAGUCGAAGAAAGCUGUUCGAGUCCCGGAACGUUCAUCAUGACCUACUCCGCCGAGCACAACCACAGCCAGCCGACUCGCCGCAGUUCCCUUGCAGGAACCAACCGCCAAAAAUUCUCCGCCUUGAAGAGAACUUCUUCCGGCGAAAGCUGCGUAUCUUCCACCGCAACUCCGAAAGAGCAUUCCAAAUUUUCCUCAUCAUCUACACAUGUUGAAGUAGUGCGAGCUCUCAAGAAGAUCAAGCACGAGAAAAAUGACACGAUUAUUGACGAUGAUCAUGAGUUUGUGAUCCCGGAUUCGAUUCUGACUGAUGAGUUUUUCGCGGGAUUUGACGAUGAUUUGGAUGGACUUGUUUCGAAUUCAUCUUUCUAGAAGUAAUUUUCUUCACUGUAAGCUUAAAAAGUUAGCAAUGUAUCCGAAGUCUGUACUCAAUUUCAUAAUCUAAUUAGUCUAAGUUGUAAAUCUUUGAAUGA